CCAUGAAGCAGGAAGCUGGAGGGGGAAAGUGUGUAGUUCCUUUCCUCUUUCAUGUCACUGCAGCUAAGGGAUCACAUUUCGAAUGAGUAGGUCAAGAAUCCUUUUGAUCCUCGAGCAUCAAGAGCCGAGUUCAGCGGAGUCCAACAGUGACAUCAAACAGGAAGAGGUGGAGCCUCUGAGCUUGAUGCACAGCAGAAGCCACCAGGAGCCAUGACAGAAACAAGCCAGGGUGUUUCUGCAACAUUAAAGACAAUCCUCCAGAGUGCAGCAGCAGGUUUUGCUUUUGGAGAAGCUGCUUUAUUUGCAGUAGAGCCCACAUUGAUUGAAGAUGACGUCCUGCUGUCGGCUGCCACUCGGGCUGCAGGACGAGCUGGGUCCACAGGUGUUGGGGUGGUGAUGGCGUGCCUCGUUUUCACCUCUGUGCUCAUUUCUCUGGGCAGCGGUUUCCUCCUCACUGCCAUGGGGAUGAAGCUGUGGAAUAAAGGGGGAUUGAGAAUGCCCUGGUUCGUGGAGGUCACAAUGGGAGUUUUCAUCGUGCUGGGUGCUGUUGGAAGUGGAGUUUUAGCAGGCCUCCUUCCACCAUGGAUCUACAUGUCAGCCCAAGGCAUUCUGGUAGUUGUAGUCUACUCAUAUUCAAACAUUAACGACAUGACCACUGCCCUGCUAAUCAUUUUUGCUACUCUCUACCUUAGCAUAGUUUAUGGCAGAAUGGGUGUCAUAGCUGGACUUGUCAGCAUGGGAUUUACCAUCUCCCUGCUUUGUGCUCUUCGAAAGGCCCUAAUGGAUCAGACAACACAAAGACCACGAUCUAAAACUGGAUGCAAAUUUCUGGAGAGGAUUUUCUUCUACUCUGUGUUUGUGGGGAUCUUGGGGUUUUGUAUAGGUUUAUGUACAGGUGUAGCAGAAAAGGUGCUUGAAGAAGAGGUGGUUGUAAUGCUGGAAUCUGUCCUCUGGGUGGCAUUUCUAUCUGCAGGGCUGCUGGGAGCUGGUCUGGGAACAGUGGCCAUGGUGGGACUGGGUCCAGACAUGGCUGGAAAAGUCGCUCUAGGAGCUGCUGUAAUAUCAUCAGUUUCCUUGAGAGCCUUACUGCAAGUUUCUCUAGGGGCCCGAAGUAGCACAGGGGGGAUAUUAGGAGCUACUACAGCUGCAGGAGUGUCACUCGGAGCUGCGAGUGUUGCAGCAAACCAAGCUUUCGGAACAAGAAAUUCAGCUUUGGUAGUUUUAGGUUCCGUUGCUGGCGGUGCAAUUCUUGCAAUGCGAGGUUUAGCACUUAAAUCUUCUAUGCUGACGACAUCAGAACUUCUAACAAUAACAAUUGUUGCAGUGGGGGCCUUUGUACUUGGUGCACCCAAGAGCCCAUUCAACACUCAGGUGAAUCUACAAAGGGGCCUUCUCACGGGGCCAGAGCUACUUAAAGGAAUCGGCAUGGAGACGGUCACCGCGGCAGCAGCACCUAUUGGAGCCGGGGCACUAGGGGCCGCAGCUCUUGGUACUGCAGCUCUGGGGAAACUGGGAACUGUGGGAGUUCUGGUGGCCAUACUUUUGGCUUUAGGAAGUACUCUUAGUGGUAUGAUAGGAAAAUCACCAGCAAAGGAAAGUGCACACACAGACUGAUUGACAAUUUGUUUGAAUCUGCAUGCUGCUUGUGAGCAGAUAAAUGUUUUUUAAUGAGGGUUUUAACUGAGAGGAAGUGUAAUAACUUUUUUGAAUGAAUACUGACACUACAUGAAAACCACAUUUGUUUUUUGAUCAAAAUUGACAAUUGAGACAAAAUGUUGUAACAACCAGUGUUGAAUAAAAUGAAUGAUAAAUGUGAAAUAAGCUUGCCUUUGAAUAGUCACUAAUAUAUUCCAAUCUUUGUAUUUAUGUGUAAAAUGCUAGAGGAACAAAUACAUAGGUUUUUUUUUUAUUUCUAUGAGUUAAUAAUGAUACCCUUUUCCUUCCCUCCUCAUGCCAUCAUUUCUGCAUUUCCCAAGACAUAAUUGUCACAGUCAGUUACUUUGGUUUCAUCUUAGCAACAGUAACAGAGGACUUGCUGUUUGGAAAGAGGAGGGUGAGUGGGAGGAGAGAUGAGCAGAGAACAACAUCAGGAGACUGGAGAGCAUCUUACAGUAGAGUCAUCUGUGCAUUAAAGGAAAUUAUGGAUUCACGCUUCAAAAUAAGAUUUCAUCUUUUCUAUGUAUACUCAGAUUACCCUUACUAGUAUGGUAUGGAAAUGGAUAUACACCUGUUCCUCUGGGUACAUUGGUCUAUCAUGGCAGCACACAGGACCUCAGCUGCAGGAAAGAAGAUGUUGCAAGAAGUUUUUCCUCUAAAACUGCCUGGAGGAAAGAGCAGCUCCAACACUGGGAGAUACUCUGAGAAUCUAAACUUCUUUUAAGGAAGUUGAUGAAAUCAUAAAAUGACGAAAGGAUGAAAACAAUUUAAAAAUAAGGGUGAUUUUUCAUGGUCAAAAUGUGGAUUAGUAAUUUUAGGAGCAUUUUAUGUUGGAAUUGUUUCCUGUACUACCAUUGUUUGACAUGGAUGGAUUAUUGCACAUUAAUUAAACAAUUAGCGUGUCUCCAAAAGUAGCACAAAGAUGGGACGCAUCACAACUUUUCCAUUGGUUUUGUUGCUCUGUAUAGCCCAGGAAUAACAGUAUUACUUCAGAAAGGGUCAUUUUAAAAUAUCAACAUGUCUUUGAACCGGGUGCACGCCACAGACACGGAGCAGUCUGCGGAGUGCUCGGUGGAGUAUUCGGCCCAGUUUCCCAGUGACUCCAGCCACGCCGCGCGUCGUGCCCGUGAGGUGACCGUCCUCCAGGCGAGCUGCUGCCGCUGCCUGCCGAGCGCGGUGCGCCUCACUUUCAUCCCAGAAUCCCUGGAAAGGAUUUACCAAAACUACUUCCGCCGACAGAGACAAGAAAACCUGCUAAUACUGGGGAUGUUUGCGGCUCUUUUUAACAGUUUUAUCAUCAUAAUGUGCGCGGUGGUGUACACUGGGGACAAGCUGGCGAUGGUGGUGGUCGCAGCGGUGGGUCUUGUUGCGGAUAUAGUUCUCUAUGUGCUUUGUCUGCUACAGAAGCUUCCUUCCUCACCUGUGUGGCGCGGAGCAGUGCCGUACAUACUGUGGCUGAUGAUAACCGUCCACGUUUUGUGUUACAUGUGUCUGAAUUAUGAGCGUUUCCCUCAGGGCAGUGACUCUGUGGGCUGGCAGGCGUUUUUCAGCUUCUCCUGCUUCCUGACGCUCCCCCUGAACUUGGUGCCGCUGCUGCUGCUCACCGCGCUCUCCUGCGGGGUCCACACGCUUGUGCUGGGGGUCACUGUGGCUCAGAGGUUUGAGGAUAAUCUGCAGGGGGCCAUGCUAGUGAGACAGCUAUUUGCCAAUGUGAUGCUGUACCUGGGCUCAGCCAUAGUGGGUGUGAUGUCAUACUACAUGGCGGACAGGAAGUACAGGACAGCUUUUCUGGAGGCCCGUCAGUCACUCGAGGUCAAACUCACACUGGAGGAGCAGAGCACCCAGCAGGAGGAUCUGUUAUUGUCCAUCCUUCCCAAACACAUUGCUGAUGAGAUGCUGCAGGGCAUGAAGAACCAGGCUGAUCAGACAGAGGUGCAGCAGCAACAGUUCAACACCAUGUACAUGUACCGCCAUGAAAAUGUCAGUAUCCUGUUUGCUGACAUUGUUGGCUUCACCCAGCUGUCCUCAGCCUGCAGCGCUCAGGAGCUCGUCAAGCUGCUUAAUGAACUGUUCGCCCGAUUCGAUAAACUGGCAGCACAAUACCACCAGCUCAGGAUUAAGAUCCUUGGAGACUGUUACUAUUGUAUCUGUGGUCUCCCUGACUUCAGAGAGGACCACGCUGCCUGCUCCAUAAUGAUGGGUUUAGCAAUGGUAGACGCUAUCUCCUACGUGCGAGAGAAGACAAAAACUGAAGUAGACAUGCGUGUAGGCGUUCACACAGGCACCGUGCUGGGAGGAGUGCUCGGGCAGAAGAGGUGGCAGUUUGAUGUUUGGUCCACUGACGUCACUGUAGCCAAUAAAAUGGAAUCAGGAGGGAUCCCUGGGAGAGUGCAUAUUUCCCAGACCACCAAGGACAGUCUGCACGGAGAGUUUGAGCUGGAGCCGGGGGAGGGAGGGGAGAGAUGCGAGUACUUGCAGGAGAAAGGCAUCGACACAUACCUGGUUCUUGUGUCUAACCAGAUGACUAACGGGCUCAGUGGAAAUAAACCAGGCACAUUGUCCAACAGAAACUCAAAUCAGUUGAUCAACACUACAGCAACCAAUGGGAGCCCAGCCUCACCCGAAUCCACGUCCACCGAGUCCAAACACGAGAGAAAGAAGAUGGUCGAGGAACAAGUGAUCAACAGACGACUGCAGCAAGAGCUUCAGGAAAGAGAAACUCAGCAAAUAAUGAAGGAUAAUCAGAUCAAUCGCGUGUCUCUGCGUUUUGUGGACGGGAAGUUGGAGGACCAUUACUCUUCAGAGAAAGAGAAGCGAAGCGGAGCGGCUUUCUGCUGCUGCAUCAUAGUGCUCUUCUUCAUCACGGCAAUGGAGGUGUUGAUAGACCCAGAGUUGGCAGUGAAUUAUGUGACUCUGGCAAUAGGAGAGUUUUUGUUGCUCAUACUCACAGUCUGCUCUCUGGCUGCCAUCUUUCCCAGGAUGUUCUCCAAGAGGUUGGUGUCUUUCUCGUUGUGGAUCGAUCGCACACGGUGGGCCAGAAACAUUUGGGCAAUGGCGGCCAUCUUUGUUCUUACCAUGACUGUGAUUGCUGACAUGCUGAGCUGUGUUCCUCCGUCCUUCCGAGUCUUCAACAGCUCAUCGGGCCCUGUACUGGAGUCAUUCAGCGAACGAGGCUGUGCGGAGAACCCAAAGCAUUACAGCUUCAUGGCUGUGAUGUCACUCAUUGCCACCGCCAUGUUGAUUCAGGUUAGCCAUCUGAUUAAACUGGGCCUCAUGGUGCUGGUUGUCACAGCAACUGGAGCUGUUAACAUCUACAGCUGGCGGGACAUCUAUGACCUGUAUGACUACAUGCACUUUGCCUCAUACAGAACAUCCAUAGUGCCAUCCAAAUACCUAAUGACCAUGAUGAUCAUCAUCAUGAUGAUUGGCUUCUACUUCUUUGCCCGACACUUGGAGCGACAGUCCAGGAAACUGUUCCUGUGGAAGAUUGGUGUCCAUGACCAGAAGGAGAAGGUGUUCGAGAUGAGACGCUGGAACGAAGCUCUGGUGAUCAAUAUGCUGCCAGAGCACGUGGCCAAACACUUCCUGGGAUCUAAGAAGAGAGAUGAGGAGCUGUACAGCCAGUCUUACGAAGAAAUAGGUGUGAUGUUCGCCUCCAUCCCCAACUUUUCUGAUUUCUACACUGAAGAGAGCAUCAACAAUGGAGGCCUCGAGUGUCUGAGGAUUCUCAAUGAGAUCAUCUCAGACUUUGACAGCUUAUUAGACAGGGAUGAAUUUCGCUGGAUCACCAAGAUUAAGACAAUAGGAAGCACCUACAUGGCUGCCUCAGGGCUCACCCCAGAAAGCAACACCAAUGGAUACAGCAACCGCAAGCCGGAAGAUCAGUCCCUGAUGGAGCGCUGGCAGCACCUGGCGGACCUGGCCGACUUUGCUUUAGCUAUGAAAGUCACCCUCAGCAACCUCAACAAACAGUCCUUCAACAACUUCAUGCUCCGGAUUGGUCUUAAUAAGGGCGGAGUUCUAGCUGGAGUUAUUGGAGCUCGUAAGCCUCACUAUGAUAUCUGGGGCAACACCGUCAAUGUGGCAAGCAGAAUGGAAUCCACUGGAGUGAUGGGAAACAUCCAGGUGGUGGAAGACUGCUAUGACAUCUUAAAGGAGUAUGGCUUCCGUUUUAUUCGAAGAGGUCCCAUCUUUGUCAAAGGGAAAGGGGAGCUGCUAACCUUCUUCAUGAAAGGAAAAGACAAACCCAGCAGCAAAUGUGGUCCAGUGACCACUGCCCUUCCACACCAAGUUGGAGACAUUUCUUGACUCUUUGGACUCUUGAUGUCCAUUCUGCUCAGUUUCUCUCAUAUGAACAAGCUCUUCACAUAUUUUUUGAUACUCUGUAGCAACGAAGUACAAAUGGUAGUACAAACACUCAGACAACUAGUACUAUAAUGAGCAUUACAAAUGUAAAAUAGCCUUUCUCCCAGAGAGGAAUUUAAGAACAGAAACAAAUUCUAUAGCUGUAAAUAAUGGUCAGAUACAGUUGACUGUCCAUCCUGCAUUUUUAUCACUUUGGGCUUGAUUUAUAGAGUACUAUGAGAAUUAAAAGCACCAAAACAGACUUAAAAAAUAUUUUUUUUUGUGCAGUUUCUCCUGGGUUCAGGUCUUGUAAAACCAUACAGGUUAAUCACACUGUAUUUAUGUUGUUAAUAAAAUAUAUUUGCACUAAAUGUUUGAGAUUGUCUGUUAAAUGAAGAUGCAAUGUGGGUAGGUUAAGUGGAGUGUUUAAACUGAAUUACACAAGUCAUCUGAACAUGAAGCCAGAUACAUUACUAAACAGUUUGUUUCCAAGCCCCACCUGUCCACACAGCUGUUAUCAUUUUUCUUUCUUCUUUAACUCAGGGUUACAGCACGUUUUUUGUAUUUAGAAUGAGAAUAACAAUGAUCUAUGCCAAAUAUCACUACCUACGUCUUGGCAUGUUAGAAUGCUAAUAAAUUGCUAAAGGCCUAGACAUUUUUGCAUAAAUACAGAUAAUUUGAAUGAUGAAUUAUGUAAUUUCAAAUAUAGUGUUGUUCAUUGUAUCAUUUGUCUGUUCACUUAUUUGCACAUGAAAACAUUU